CAUCCCUGCCCGUCCGAUCGGAGCAUCGUUUCAGGCGGAGAUAGGGCAUCCUCCCAGCCCCACACCGACACCCAUGACUACCGAUUAGGGCCGCUGAUUAACGCGAAAUCGGAGGGAUUUAAGGACAGUAUCAUGGCCAAGCACCGUCCCGACAGAGACAGCUGGGGUUCGCUCAGCGAUAAAAAUGUCUACGACUGGAGCUCGGAGGAGGAGGAGCCGGACGGCCGAGCCCGGCCCAUCCAGGUACUGCUGGUCAAAGACGACCACACCUUCGAGCUGGACGAGGCGGCGCUGAGCCGCAUCCUGCUGUCCGAGGAGGUCCGGGACCGCGAGGUGGUGGCCAUCUCCGUGGCCGGGGCUUUCCGCAAGGGCAAGUCCUUCCUCAUGGACUUCAUGCUGCGAUACAUGUACAACCACGCGUCCGACACCUGGCUGGGAGACGCAGACGAGCCUCUGACCGGCUUCUCCUGGAGGGGCGGCUCGGAGCGGGAGACCACCGGCAUCCAGAUCUGGAGCGAGGUCUUCCUGGUGGACAAGCCAGAUGGACGGAAGGUGGCCGUGCUGCUGAUGGACACUCAGGGGACGUUCGACAGUCAGUCCACCCUGAGAGACUCGGCCACCGUCUUCGCUCUCAGCACCAUGAUCAGCUCCAUGCAGGUUUACAACAUCUCGCAGAACGUACAGGAGGACGACCUCCAGCAUUUACAGCUCUUCACUGAAUACGGCAGACUAGCGAUGGAGGAGACGUUCCUCAAACCGUUCCAGUCCAUGAUCUUCCUGGUCCGAGACUGGAGUUUUCCAUACGAGUUUCCGUACGGACAGGAUGGCGGCAUGAAGUUCCUGGAGAAGAGACUGAAGAUCUCGGAGAACCAGCACGAAGAGCUGCAGAACGUCCGGAAACACAUCCACUCCUGCUUCACCAACAUCUCCUGCUUCCUCAUGCCGCACCCCGGCCUCAAAGUGGCCACCAACCCGCACUUCGACGGCCGGAUCAAAGAGAUCGACGGAGAGUUCAUCAACAACCUGAAGGUCCUGGUCCCCUGGCUCCUCAGCCCCCGGAACAUCGACGUGAAGGAGAUCAACGGCAGCAAAAUCACCUGCAGAGGCCUGCUGGAGUACUUCAAGGCAUAUAUCAAAAUCUACCAGGGCGAGGAGCUCCCACACCCAAAAUCAAUGUUACAGGCCACGGCGGAGGCGAAUAAUUUAGCGGCAGUAGCCGCUGCAAAGGAUCUGUACAACAAAAAAAUGGAGGAGGUGUGCGGCGGCGACCGGCCCUUCCUGGCCCCCAGCGAGCUGCAGUCGCGGCACGCCGCCAUCAGGGAGGAGGCGCUGCAGGUGUUCCGCGGCGUGAAGAAGAUGGGCGGCGAGGAGUUCAGCCGGCGCUACCUGCAGCAGCUGGAGGGCGAGAUCGACGAGGUGUUCGUCCAGUACAUCAAGCACAAUGACUCCAAGAACAUUUUUCACGCCGCCCGCACGCCGGCCACGCUCUUCGUGGUCAUCUUCGUCAUGUACGUGGCGGCGGGCAUCACGGGCUUUGUGGGCGUGGACAUCAUAGCCAGCCUGUGCAACAUGAUCCUGGGCCUGGCGCUGAUCACGCUCUGCACCUGGGCCUACAUCCGCUACUCCGGGGAGUACCGGGAACUGGGCGCCGUCAUCGACCAGGUGGCCGGCGCGCUGUGGGACCAGGGGAGCACAAAUGAGGCUUUCUAUAAGCUGUACAAUGUAGCGGCCAAUCACAGGCACCUGUACCACCACGCCUUCCCAGGAGGGCCCCAGGAGGACGAGGCCGCCGAGGAGCAGGACAAGAAGAAGGACUGAUCAGACCGGACAGGAA